CCCAUGAAUAAACAAACCCUCUGCUGAGGUAAAAGAUGCGCGCGCCCAAUAUUUUUUUAAUGCUUGACUGUAUGAUUUUUUUUCAUCAGAACUGACGACACACAUUACGUCAUAACUGUGAAAUGAGUGUCCUGCUGCAGUGUCCUGUCGAGCGGAUGUUGAUGAGACGAGGCGUCAUGAGCACACAUGGGGCAGAAGACUGUCCGGUGCAGUGCACAGAAUUACAAGAUGAUUUUGCUCCUUCAAAACUCGGAACAAAGGAGUACUGGGAUGAUGCUUAUAAGAGAGAGCUACAGACUUACAAGGAUAUUGGAGAUGUGGGAGAAAUAUGGUUUGGUGAGGAAAGCAUGGACAGAGUGAUCAGAUGGAUGAAAGCACAAAAUGUAUCUGAAAAUGCUGCCAUACUUGACAUUGGAACUGGAAAUGGGAUGUUUCUUGUGGAACUGGCCAAGUAUGGUUUUUCAAACCUCACUGGAAUUGACUAUUCCAAGGCUGCUGUAGAGCUCACCGUAAAUAUUCUGGAAGAGGAAGGCUUAAAAAAUGUUAAAAUUCAGGUGGAGGAUUUCCUGAACCCCAGCACAGAAUUGAAGGGUUUUGAUGUAUGUAUAGAUAAAGGUACAUUUGAUGCCAUUAGUUUGAGCCCAGAGGACAGAGAGGAGGCAAAAAAGCUCUAUGUGAACUCUUUAAAAACAGUAAUGCAACCAGGAGGCUUCUUCAUCAUCACGUCCUGCAACUGGACCAAAGAGCAGCUGCUCCAGAUCUUCAGACCUGGGUUUGAGUUGGCACGAGAGCUGCCCACCCCCCAUUUCCAGUUUGGUGGUGUGACGGGUAACAGCGUGACAGCUUUGGUAUUUAAACGGAUUGACUGAUCCUUAAGUUUUUUUUUUUGUGUGUGUGUGCAAUAUUAGUUGUGCAAUUUUAUAAUAAACCGUUUUGGUAAAUAUUGAACUUGUUUUUCUUAAUAUUGAGGUAAUACAAAGAAACACAUGAGGGCAGUAUUGAGCUACAUUUAACCUUAACGUUAUGUCCAUUUUUACUCGGUUCUUAUGCAGUUGUGUAAUGUUAGGCACAAACAUGGAGUAGUUAAUUGUUGUAUACACUGUCAGGUAAAGUUAUUUUUUGGCUUUCUAUGUAGGGUUUUAUCUUAAGAUUUUUACAAUAUUUUUUUCUUCUGUAUUUUUAACGUAUUUAAAUUUUUUGUGUCUUUACAUGUAGGGUUUUGUCUGGGAUUUGGGCAAUAUAUUUUCUUACAUAUUUAAAAAAAAUAAUAAUUCUUUGUUUUUAGAGUUUGAGAUUUGAGCAGUACCUUUUUUCUUAAACAUUUAUAAUGUAAUUAAGGUUAUUUUUUUGUUUUUGCAUGUAGGUUGUUUUCUGAGAUUUGAGCAAUACGUUUUUUAAUGUAUUCUAAAACUAUUGAGGCCAUACAAUGGAACUGAAUGUAAUGAAAAUACCAGCUGUAGAAGUGAAGUGCGGUGGAAUUUGUUAAAUAACAUUUACAUUGCCGUUUAAUUGCUUGUUUUUAAUGCCAAGUUUUCAGGCAGCACUGUAAAAGCCA